GAAAACCCGUUCGAUCAAAAACUGUUUUCAAUAUGUUUCUUCCUCGCAUUGAAAAUAUCGGCUAUAAAAGAUAGUCUUCUCAUUUAGACUUGGUCAUGCUCUGAUUGCUCUGUGGUUAACAAGAUCUCCAAAGAGGCGACUGUCCAAUCAGCAGGUUCAAGAUUUGGGCCAUUACAUCCUAAAGGCCCACAUCUACAAGUUCGUUUUGACAAAUUCAGAAGCCAACAUAAGUAUCGUGAAGGAUUGUCAGUUGUUUUGGGUGCAGCACAAUGCCGAGAAUAUGACAUCAGCACUUUGUACUGAUCGAAACAUCUUUUAUCCGAACACGAAAGUCUCUCGAUUGCUUCUGUUGGCCGGAUGUAGUCCAAACGCGAGAACGUCCUAUUACAACAAUGCGCCGCUGUUGUCGGUCGCCGCACGCCAUGGUUUGCAUGAUUUCUCCACGUUGUUGCUAGAUUUCGGAGCAGACGUGCAUCAGGUGGACGAUUGUCGUUCGACCCCCCUGAUACACGCCUCUAUCGGUGGUCAUUUGGAUUUGGUGCAGUUUUUUCAUCUGCACGGAGCAGAGGUUGACAGUGUAGAUCUGAACUGGAAAUGUGCCCUGGUGUAUGCCGCCGAACACGGCCACGUGAAGAUCGUCAGCUUCUUGUUGCAGUGCGAUUGGACUCACUGCAAAGACCGUGGAGACGAACGGUCCGGUCGCCUUUCUCGUCAGCAAUACAUUCAGCAGGCGUUUGUAGUCGCGGCAGCCGCUGGUCACGGUCAGGUGUGCAAAUUUCUGUUGGAGUUCUGCGACGUUCGAAUCGACGAUCCCGACCCCGUCACCGGAGAGACAGCCUUGAGCGUGUCGUGUCGCAACGGAAACAGGGACGUGGUGUCCUUUUUGCUCGAUUCCGGCGCAUCAGUUGCCUAUGGCAAAUCGUCUAAACCGACGCCCCCGUUGAUCACCGCGGUCGAAAGCGGUUACUGGGAAAUUGUGUCAAGUAUUUUGGCACGAGGUUUGAACGUCAACAACGAACAGAACGAAAAGCUGCAGACAGCCGUCAUCGUUGCUGCAAAGAGCGGUCAUAUCGGUGUUCUGGAACUUUUGCUUAGCAGAGGCGACUGUUACUCGUGCGCCAGGCUGCUAUUGGAGAGGGGUGCUAACGGACAGAUAUUCGAUCGUUCCGGUUGUUACCCAAUACACUUCGCCGCCCAGUAUGGAUCAGAACAAAUGAUUCGUCUUCUUAUCGAACAUAAUGCUGCUCUGGAGUGCAAGAACAGAAAUGAUUAUCGUCCGCUAGAGGUGGCUCUGGAAGCGGGCAACGUUCACGCCGCUCAGCGCCUGUUACGUAGGGGUGCCAAACUCGGUCGUUUGACGUGGAAGUUGGUCGUCAACAAACCUCAUUUCCUGAUCAUGCUGCUCGAGAAGCUGCUGCAGGACGCGAACUUCUUUUACAAGAACCACCGGAUCGCAGACGCAAUGUGUCGCCUACAGUACGCCCUGAAAAAUAUUCCCGGCGACGCCGGUACCGACCUAAACUUUCUCUCCAAGUUCCUGAACAUCAGGUACCACUUGUUUCUCGGUGUUGCACGCUGCAAGAAGAAAAGCAACGAGCUGGGCGAGGCGAUUCAGUUCGCCACCCGGGCUAUCGAACUGGACAGCGCUCAGGUGGACGGCUAUUACUUCCGCGCACGCUGUUAUUACGACUGUAGAAACUGGGUGGCGGCCAGGGCCGAUCUGUCGGCCGUUCUCAAACUGUGCCCAAACCACAAAGAGGCGCUGCGCUCUUUGUCCCGGUUGAAACAAUACCUAAAGUCGGAAGAUACUGCCUUCACCGUAGACAAAGAUCACAAGUAUUCUUUGUUGUGCAAGACUGACCCGGCUACCGCCAGGAACACCCCCUCUGUACGUACAACACCUCAGCUUCACAGCAAGAACAACUGGGAGCAGAGCAGUUGCGACAGUGGCAAUGCGCCGGACAUAGACUUAGUCGAUAGUGUGAACAGCAACUGCCACCGGCCGUUGAACUGGGCUUUUAGUGGCAAGCUUCAGGCAUAA